AUUAUACAGCUGUUAGCGGUGCAUUGUGGGACUGUCUGACUGUGGAGGAGCUGCUCUGCUGUAGCGCGCGUUUCUCUUCAUAGAUAUUCACUUCAGACUGCCAGAAGAUUCACCGGCAUGUUGGGGGUCAUCGCCAAACAGCUCAAGAGCCACCCUGCUCUCAUCCCCCUCUUCAUCUUCAUCGGUGGCGGGGCGACCAUGAGCAUUAUGUACCUGAGUCGGCUGGCUCUGAGAAACCCUGAUGUCUCAUGGGAUCGCAAGAACAACCCCGAGCCCUGGAACAACAUGAAGCCUAAUCAGCAGUACAAACUCUUCGCAGUUAACAUGGACUACUCCAAGCUGAAGAAGGAAGGGCCUGAUUUCUAAAUCUUCACUUCCCUGCUGACAUUAUCGUCAGUGUUAAAAGCUGUUGCACUUUUUGCCAAAUCCAAAAACAAACCCAUGACACAGAACGAAGGUUGAAUCGUUUGAACUCAUUCAGUCAUUUUCAGUGUGAAGGGGGAAAGGGAUCAUCUUAUCAAUUACUAUAUGAAUAAAACAGGCAACCACCUGUUAUACUAAUUGAUGAAUUUAUUUUUGAUGUUGUGUUGAUAAUUAAAACUAUUUAAAUCUCU